AUGCGGUACGACGACUGGGAUAUUAUCCUCUUUCCUACCGGCCGCGACUCCAAGAUUCCCUUCAAGGAGUUCAAAGUUGCCUGCCAUGUCGUUCCGGACCUAGAGCUCGCCCACAUCCACGGGGCAGUGGGCGUUCCGGUCAUGACCUGCUUCGUCCCAGGUCUCCCGCCUGGUGCCGGCUUCCAGAUAUCGAUGCAUUGCUGGCGCCGGCCCGAUCUUAGCCAAUUUUCCCGGGCGUAUAGCAAACACACGGACUUGAUCAAGUUCGAGGCACGAAUCCUUAUUGACGGACGGCUGGUCGCCUCGACCGUCCUCGACCGCGAUGUUAAUGGCCCCCACUUAAUUACCAGCACAUGCGAAUUCACCAAGACCGGCGAGUUAGAGCGGCUCAAGUUCCCCCACUUUCGUCGAGAGUUGUUAUUCCAAAACCAUUGGCGGCCCGGAGACGACGUCGGCCGCAUCAAGAUUGUUAUCAGCGAAGGCUUCCCCCGAGAUUCCCUUUCUGCCCCAAUCGAGCGUGUCAAGAACGUCGUGGCAUUCUCUUUCCAGCAUGCCCCUCUAGAGAUCCUCGAGAAUAAUGCUAUCGCCUGGCCGAAUCAAGCAAUGUGGCAAGCGUCGACCUUCAAUCCGAUCAUGCCUGUUCCGACGUACCACCUCGACGAUGGCCCCAGCUCACACGCACAUUCUCCGAACCGCAAGUCCGCGCCGCUGAGGAAUACCAAAGGACAAGGGUUUCCAACGCCGUCUACAGCGAGAGACGUAUUUCAGAACCCGGGUACCCCGGGCUUCCUAAAUACCCCAUCUUUUCAAAUGCCGUUUCUCGACAUCGGCGGCCCGACAGCACCUAACGCCCCGCCGUAUCCCGACCCCUUCACCGAGGCAGAUUACAUGGAAUUGGCUACGUCAGCGAUGAAUGGGGGUGCUAAUGACCUGUUAGAAGGACUGCCGGCAUGGCCAACAAACGGCCGCCGAUCGAAACAGUCAUCGGAUGCCAUCAUGACCGACUAUCCUCCCCUCAAUGCGCCCGAACCGAUGCACAUUUCAGGAAUGAGCUUAGACGAUGACAUUAGAAGUCUGAAGGUGCCGGAGAAUACGCCCACUGGCGGAACUGAUGGGGGUCAGGACACGCCACUCCCCUCGCACCGGGUUGGCAUCAUGCCUCCCGAUUUUGCCUCGUCACUCACACAGUCGCUCUUGAACCAACCGUUCGCAGCCACCGGUCGCCAUCAAACCGUGUCAGGUGCGGAGGUAGAAUCGGGGAUUGGAAAAGACCACCGACAAUCCACACUAGGAGGCGAUAUCGCAGUCGGCACUGCGGCUAGCAUUCCAGGGCUUUCAAAAUCGUCAUGUGACGACUUCUCGUCAAUUAUUCGAAGCCUCGGAUCCGAGAGCAACAACUCUUCGUUAACCACUCCAGGCGGUUCCGAGAUUCUGGAGCAGGGCGCUGCUCGCGAUCUCGGGAUUGACAUCCUCGGCAUCGGGGAUGGAAACGGCAAUGGACUUGUCAAUGCUCUCACGAAGCGUUCGAGAAACUUCACGCCUGCAUCGGUCAAGGUGAUUGAUGAAGAAGAUGAACCACGUCGGGUCAGCUCCCACGUUCGAGGCGCUUCGAUCAGCGUGGAGGAUGUACUUCUUAGCGAUGCCUGUCAGUGA